UGAUUGGUCGCAGCCGGUGGUCGUCAUAGCAACGAGAGUGUUUAAUUGACGUGUGUGGGCCGGACGGACAAUACACACUUCUUGGUCGAAAUUGUUUGUUCUUUCUGGCACCCAUUUAUACUCUCAUCAAAAAGUCCACUCUGACCCUAACCAAACAUCCCAGAUGACAUAACAUUCAACAAAAAUUCUUAGGCCCCUCCCUCCUCAACAUCCAAUAAAGUAGAAGCGAGAAGUUGUUAAAAAAGAAGGAAAAACAACGGGGAGGGAGUGAAAGAAAAAGCAGAAAGAAAAAAAAAGAAGGCAAAGAAAUAACAGUUGCGAGAAAAGAUAGAGAAAGGUCGUACAUUUAAACGAGAGCGUUUAAACGCCUAGCGCAGUUAGCAAAGAUAAGAACUCCUGUCUCUCCUCUGUUGUAGCUCGGGCAGUAUUACUCCUUGAACGUUAUGAGCAGACACUUGCCUCUUGUUUCUACACGUGGUUGGAAGCGAUAGCAACGGGCACCUCACUAAUCGGACCAAUUAUCAUCUUCUCAUUGCUGUAUUUGCUCAUUUCGAAUUGGCUGGUCAAUCACUGUUAAACGUGUUGGAUUUUUUUUAAAAUUCAAAUGAAUUUUGCUAUGGACGAUUCUAUCAUAUCGCCGAAACAGCACAUUUUUAUAUUUAUUAUCUAGUUCUGAUAUGCAUUAGAUGUAUAAAAAGUGGAUUUUAAUGAAGGUAGUGUCCAAGAAGAUGAUUAUUAUGUCUUAGAAUUUUUCUCUAUAAAUACUGGUGCGGAGAAAUUUUAUCACGAAAAAAAUUGUUUAAGGAUUAUGAGUGUCGAUUUAUUCAAGUGAAAAAUUAGAUAUAAACUCUGUUUAUACAAAAAAAAAAAGUUGUGAUGAGUUUCAGAACUGUAUUUAUAUAGUCAUUGUUAUCAUCUACCAGCAACAAUCCACGUGUUGAUAUAAUCGUGAGCGAGAGAAACUACAUCGCAAAGAAAAGAGGUAAUCAUUACUUCAACAAACACUUAUCUCCUGAAAAUAGAUAACGUGAAUUGGGUUCUUAUCGGCGAUAUAAUUACGACAAAAAUCAUUGGUCUUAAUAACAGUGGAGAAACUAUCGUUCUCAGCUGUAUCGAAACCAUUUCUUCUUCACGAUCGGGACUUUUUUUUCUUGAGGCUAACAUCGCCGGAAAAAUCCGAUUUGGUGCUACCACAGUGCGCUCUUCCCAGCGAAAUAGAAUAUAAACAAUACCGGACUCUAUAGCUUUAUACUGUCUGUUCUCUUGCGGGAAAACCUGGACCUAACCAGCUGUCCGGCUCUAUCCGCGGACCUGAACAAGAACUCCAGGUUUGCCUGAAGCGCCCGAGAAAAUUUUUCCUAUUUUUUUUUCCCUACUCUAUCCUCUAUCCAAUCAAAAUGUGAUUGAUAUGUUUUUGUAACAAAGCCCACCCACCCCAGCCUUCGUGCGAAAGGAAACAGACUGAAGUUGUCCUUACAACUCAAAAGGUUUAUUUUACUCCAGUGUCCGCCUUCUGUUGAAUCUCAAAAUACUAGAGGGACUCCUUCCCCCCGAGGGUAUACGUAGAUCUCCCGUUCCUCCCCCCCCCCCCCCUUUUGUUCUCUCUUGGUGUUGUUCUGACUGCCAGAGAGAAAAGAUCACUUGGUAAUUUCACAGCUCAACAAAGAUUUCGAGAGUUACCGUGGAUGAAGCGAUGUGUGAAACUGUCGAGGGGAGAUUGUGUGACCGUAUAUAAACUGAGAUCUUUUCGGCAGUCUUCAAAAUAAAUUUCGGUGUCAAGCCACCUGUUUCUGCAGAAUCUGUGGUGCUUCAAAGAGACUUAUCUCUAAAACUGGACAAAAUUACAUCUAAUGUUGAUGCACUACUUAUUAUUCUUUAUGAAAAUUAAUUACUCUUAAUUAGACAUUGAUAAAAACAACAGACAUUACUCUACAGUGUGGACCGAUUACGCUGCAUAACGGGGGUGUUAAAAACUGAAAAAGUGAACACCAUCGCAUUUAAAAUUUGUUACAUUCUUUAUGAAAAUUAAUUGAGAGUAAUUGAACAUUAUCAAAAACUGCUGAACUGCUAAUCAAGAACUGAUAACACUAAAGAACUAGUUGUGAAAGACUACCAAACUGGUAUGUGUCAUGCAUUUUAUCAAUCGGAUUCUUGCAUAAUCAUUUCUUAUACUGCCGUCAUUAAGAAAGCCGCGGAGGUUUCAGUAUCAGAAGAUUUGUGUGCAUCCAUGUGGACAGUACCCAUAUAAGACUAUGGCCAACCGAUAUUUUCCGAUUUUUGCUGAUCCAAGAAGUUUCGUCUAUUCUCCUACGAUGUUGUACGGGCACAGGACUGCCGAUGGUGUGAUAGGGGGAUUCCGGCACCUAUCCGGUUACGAUAUGGGUCGCGUGCUUGCACCCUCGCAGUCGAACUCGACCCACGAGGGGGGCCGGCCCGACCCUCCGCCACAGAAGCCGCCUUACUCCUACAUCGCUCUUAUCGCCAUGGCAAUCAGGAGCACCCCUGACAACAAAAUAACACUUGACGGCAUUUACAAGUUCAUCAUGGACAGAUUUCCAUAUUAUCAUGAUAACAAACAAGGAUGGCAGAAUUCCAUUCGGCACAAUCUGAGCCUGAAUGAUUGUUUCAUCAAGGUACCCAGAGAAAAGGGCAAGCCUGGAAAGGGCAGCUACUGGACUCUUAAAAAUAACGGCGAAGAGAUGUUCGAAAAUGGGAACUUCAGACGCCGGAAACGGCGCACCAAAUUAUCCACUUCAAAGUCUAGCAAUGAAAAUCCCAAUUCCAAUUUAUCUGAUUCAAUCAUAAACAAAACAAGCAGUAUGGACUCAGCUGCGAAGUCUGAAAAGCGAUCAUCCACCAAAUGCACGACCAAGCCACCAGAACCUUUAACUUGCAGACCAGGAGUGAUAGUCACACAAGCUUCGACUAAAUGUAAAAAUUUAAAUUCUGAUGACACAGACUGCCCAUCGACCAACAAAAUGAUUUCCAGAGACAAAUCUACCUCUCCGUUGACACCUAAAGCUGCAAAUUUUGCAAUCGAAAGACUGAUUGGUAACUCUUCACCAGAAGACAACGGAAAGCGAACUAGUUCACCAGAGGAACACGAAUCUGUGAAGGAUUUAGAAUUCACAAGACCUGUCGUCGCAAGUGACGGGUCAUCUAGUCUAAUAUCGCCAUUGUGUCAGCAGUUGAUGCUACUGAACAAGGACAAAUAUCUCACCAAUCAUUUGAGCCCGGCUGUCACAUCCCAAGCAUCAUUACUAUACUCCCACAUAAACUUGUUCAACAGCAAAGUAAUCCCAUCUUAUCCGAACUCGCUAGGCCUAACUUGGCCUCAGAUUUCAGUUCUUAAUGGAAUGACUGAUGCUGCGAAUAACCACACACAAGGUUCAUUCAUUCCUUCUUGGUUCAAUUUCCCACCUAUGACAAAAGCCAUAUGGAGCGGAUCGUCGUCAGGUCGCUAUUCUCCCGCCGAUGCCGGUAGAUGGCGCGAGUGAUUUAAGUUAUGCAUUUAUGUCGAUUUUUUUUUUUUUAAUUGACUGAAAAACUCGUGUUGUCUUUUGAAUGAUCUGAUCAUGUUGGCGCUUGUGUAUGUAUCAGUCAGUGGGCGAUAUUAUGAAACUGAUAGUCGUCUGGAGAUCAAGUUUAGUUGUUUCAUACCAUCUGCGCUCAGUGUAGAUCUUAAUUUGAGAUGAGAUGAAUGUUCUUUUUUAUAAAUCCACGAAAAUAUCUAGAAGAGUAAAUGAAUAGUUAAUUAUUUUAGAAUAAUUAUUGUAACUGUAUUUAAGUUUUAUUGAUGAAUUUUACGAAUUGGAGUAUAAAAACAUAUUAAGUUGAAAUUACAAAUUUAGUAAUUUUUAAUAGCAUGUCAACAAAUUUAGAUAUUAUUUGGCAACAAUUUUUAAAAUGAAACUGUGAAUGAUUACUUUGAAAUUGAUUACUGUGUAUAUUACUGUUAAUUAUAAGCUGAUUACUGUGAAUUCUACUACUGUACAAAAAUUGAUAGUUGGAGUUCAUGUAAGAAAAGUGUUUUAAAUUGACAAAAUGUUUCUUUUAAAGCAUUUAAAAUGAAUGUGUAUCAUUGUUAAUCUUAAAAUCUUUUCUUAUUGUGUGCGUUUCAACAACAUUUUAUUACAUGAUAUUAAAAAAAUAGAUGAUUACUCUAAAUUAUUUACAUUCGAAUAAAUAAAUGUUACAAUAAGUAAAAUACAUGAAAAUAGUAUAUUAAAUUAAUUUCUUCAUUAAUGAAUAGUAAAUUAGUACUUACUUCAAAUGCCAU